AACCCAAAGGACCAUUCAUGCCAUAACCCUAACAAACAACCAAUCCCAAACUUACAAACCACCACCUCGCUUUCUCGCGCGCUUCAUCUCUUUCUCCCAUGGCUUCCACACCGCCACCCAAACCCUAGCAUCUCCGCCGCCGGCAAUCUACCGCCACCACACUCCACCGGAGCCAAAUUCACCACUCUCAAUGGAUCCUCCACCUUCACACCACCCAUUCACCACCAAAAUCACCACCAAUUCCGCCUCAAUUAUCAAACAAUCACCGGAAGACGAGUACCUAUCGAAUUCCACUCAUCUAUCUCGUCAACAGGUCCUCAAUCGUCGAUCGCACAACAUGCAGCAACUCUCCAAGUGUUAUCGCGACCAUUAUUGGGGCUUAAUGGAGGAAAUUAGGGUUCGGUACCGUGAGUAUCUGUGGAAAUUCGGUGUGAGUCCGUUUCAGGACGAUUGUAACGAAGAUGAGAAGGUUCGAGACGGAAUUGAUGACGCGAUCGUUGUUGCAGGUGACGUCACCUGUGUUUUCAAUGGAUGUAAGACGAAGGCCAUGACGUUGACCAGCUUCUGUCAUGUUCAUAUUUUAUCUGAUCCGAAGCAACAGCUGUAUAAACCGUGUGAAUUUCUUCUCAAGAGCGUGCAUGGAGGACUUGUGCCCUGUGGAAAGCCGGUGCUACGGUCAAUUGUACCCUCGCUCUGCAGCAUACACUAUCUGAAAGCGCAACAACACGUGGUUCGGGCUUUGAGGAAGGCGGGUUUAAACAUAACUUCUAUGAAUAAGUCUGGUCCAAAGUUUCAUGUGGUCGUGACGGAGUAUGUUAGGGAAAUUCAGGAGAAAAGGAAGAAGAAUGGUUCGAUGGCAAAUAAGAAAAAGAUUGUGCCUAAGCUUGAAAUUGAGAAUUAAGUGCCUAUUAGUUGGGGUAUUAUGGUCUCUUUUGCAGUGUUUUGGCAAUGUACAAAGUUUAAAGCAGAGUUUGCUAUUUUAAUAGUUUUAAAUCAUAUUAUUGGUGGGUUAUUUUUUUUC